AUGCUGUUCAAGACUAUGCUCUCCUUUGGCCUGCUGGCUUCAGCGAGCGCCGCUCCACAGCCUGACCGAGUUCAGCCCCGGGCUCCAACACCAACGACACUCCAACCAGGACAAUACUGGAUCCGGGCAGUCGCAUCGCCCAAUUACCACAAAUAUUUACAGACCAUCCCAGCCAAUCAGGCCGGCACCGCCACCCUCAAUGAUUACACCACAGCCGGCCAGUACAAUAUCGUUAACGGGCAGCUAGUCGAUUACACCGGCACUCUGUACCUGCACGUUGAGAAGCCGGCGGACCUGGCGAGCCCCCCCAGGACCUUGGCGACGUCCUUCAACACGACUCAGAACAGCUUCGGGACGUUCGCGUUUCAGGGAGACGCGGUCACCUGGUCUGCGCCUGGCCUGCAGAGGCAGAAUGUAGCAGCCUGGUUGGUGUGCCAGAAUCAAGCACUAUUCAUCAACACUGGGGCCUACGCUUAUCAGACACCCGCAGGGUGUGCAGACCAGACGAUUCACUAUUACAAUGGUGCAACGGCGAAUAAUUGA